AUGAAAAAUAACUCUAUGCUAAAUGAGUUUAUUUUGUUAGGACUCGCCAAUUCUUGGGAGCUUGAGAUUUUCUUUUUUGUGAUCUUCUUCCUGGCCUAUGCAUCAAUCAUGGUUGGAAACAGUCUCAUUAUACUGAUGGUGACCUUUGAUUCCCACUUGCACUACACUCCCAUGUAUUUCCUUCUGGCCAACCUCUCUUUUCUUGAUAUGACCCUUUCCACUGUUACUGUCCCUAAGAUGAUCACAGACUUCUUCAGGGAGAAGAAAACCAUCUCAUUAUGGGGUUGUAUGGCCCAGAUGUUUUUAGUUCAUCUCUUGGGAGGCAGUGAGAUGAGUCUACUUGUAGUGAUGGCUAUAGAUCGAUAUGUUGCAAUAUGUAAACCCCUCCACUAUACAACAAUUAUGAACCGCCGAAUUCUGUUAGGAAGUGUGUUUCUCUCUUGGGUUGUUGGCUUUGUACAUACCAUGAGCCAAAUGGCCUUUGUGGUAAGCCUGUCCUUCUGUGGUCCUAAUGUGAUUGAUGAUGUUUUUUGUGACCUUCCUUUGGUGAUGCGCCUUGCCUGUACUGAUACCUAUAUCCUGGACCUCCUUGUCAUUGCUGACAGUGGACUUCUCUCAUUGAUCUGCUUCAUCCUGUUGCUUGUGUCCUAUAUUGUCAUCUUGGUCACUGUCCACCAUCGCUCCUCUGGUGGGCUUUCUAAAGCUAUGUCCACACUUUCUGCUCACAUCACAGUUGUUACUCUCUUCUUUGGACCAAUUAUCUUAAUCUAUGCUUGGCCAGUUAAUAUCUAUGCAUUGGACAAAUUCCUCUCAGUAUUUUUUGCUGUUAUCACUCCUCUCCUCAAUCCAAUUAUCUAUAGUUUGAGGAAUCAGGAGAUGAAGGCAGCCAUGAUUAGACUGAGGAGCAGGCACAUUAGUUCUAGGCCCAUUCUCGAGAUAAUGCUCAUGAUGAUGUAA